AGAUAGAGCUAAUCUCUAGGCUGUAGGGCAGCGAACUUGAAUCAAAUGCGAUGUUCGGAAAUAUCAAAAUAUACUUCUCGGCGUUUAUCGCCUUGAUAAACUAUAUGAUAUCAAGCCGAUUGCUGAAACGCUUCCCGCCAGCAGUGAGACCCGUGGUCCAAGUCCGACAGGGUAAACUUCGUGGCGUUACGUCAACACUUCCCAAUGGAGACACAUACCAUUACUUCAAAGGUGUUCCGUAUGCAAAACCACCGCUUGGAAAGCUUCGCUUCAUGCCACCGGUUCCGAUCGAUAAAUUCUACACCGAAGUGGUCGAUUGUUUGGUGGACCGCAGCAUGUGCAUGCAGCCUAUCGUUGGAUCCUGGAUAAUAGGGAAGGAGAAUGGACUUUAUCUUAAUGUUUUUACACCGGCGUUACCCGGUGACGGUAGCGCGCGAGAUCUCAAGUUACCGGUUAUGGUAUGGAUUCACGGAGGUGGAUGGAUUACUGGUUCGGGAGCCAGUUUCAUGUACGAUCCGGUGUACUUAGUGCAAGAUGGGGUGAUUGUGGUUACGAUGAACUACCGUCUUGGGCCACUUGGUUUUCUUAGUUUGCCCAGUGCGGGAGUGCAAGGUAAUGCCGGCUUGAAAGAUCAGCUACUGGUAUUUAAAUGGGUACAGGAAAAUAUUACCCUCUUCGGGGGAGACCCUGGAAACGUAACAGUGUUUGGAGAAAGCGCAGGAAGUAUGGCCGCUUAUUUGCACUAUCUGUCACCGAAUUCCAGAAAAUACUUCCACAGAGUGAUAUGCCAAAGCGGAGUGGCUACUUCCGACUCUUCUUUUCAGCAAAAUCCAACGGAUACAGCCCGAAAGCUAGCUAAAAGUCUAGGUUACGAAGGAGAUGACGAUUUACAAGUUCUAAAAACCCUGCAAAAUGCUCCAGCGAAACUACUAAUGCAAAAACGUAACGAAGUUAUGACUCCGGAAGAUAAAAAGCUAUCCCUCCAUAUACCUUUCCGGCCGGUAAUUGAGCAAAACAUCGACGAAAACAGCAUCAUAACCGAAUCACCUGAAAUCACCCUCAAAUCAUUUGACACACUUAAAAUGCCAUUAAUCAACGGGUGUACCAGUGGAGAAGGUUUGCUAGGAGUUCGAAUGAUGCUGGGACGUUUGGAAGAGUUUGAUCGCGACGACAGUCGCCUGGUUCCGCAACUGAUGGGAAACCCUCCGGGUUUGGAUAAAUUCAAACUCGGAGCGGAAAUUAAACGGUACUAUUUCGGCGAGAAGCGAAUUGAUAAACAUUCACUGAACGAACUGAAUGAUCUUAUGUCGGACAACAUAUUCAUCACCAACACGGUGGUGGGUGCCGAGUGGCUUGCCAAGUACCAGCCCAGUGUCAAACAUUAUCACUACCGCUUCAGUUACGAUGGACAAUUUAGUUGUUGUAAAAAGCUAUUCAACUUAAGUCACGUCAAAGGAGCAUGUCACGGAGACGACCUCUUCUAUUUGUUUCGAUCGAAGUUACUGCCACAACUUCCAGAAAGCAGCGACGAAUGCCGCAUUCGGAAUCUAAUGGUACGAAUGUGGACGAAUUUUGCGAAAUAUGACGAUCCUACACCGGACGGUGAUGACCCAUUGUUAACGUGCAAAUGGGUUCCAGUAGGAACUGUCAGUAAAAACGAGGACGUGUUUGAUCUUAACUGCCUGGAAAUUGGAAUACUGCCCAAAAUGACCGUGAACCCUGCUGAAGAGCGGAUUCAACUGUGGCGAAAAUAUCUUCAAACUUACCGGAAAGGAUUUUUGUGA